CCUCAUCCACUCCCUCCACCGGCAGCCGCCCGGCCCCCGCCACUGCUCCAUGGAGGAGACCUACAGGAGGGUGUCUGAGAGCUACUGGUGGGAAGGAAUAUUUUUGGACAUCAGAGAUUAUGUCCAGGGAUGUAGCCAAUGUAAAGACCGAAGAGAGAAAGAAUGGAUUUCAGAAGAAAAAUACAUAACUCGUGAGUCCCCAUCACAUUGCACUGAACUGCUUGAAAGAUUGAACAGUCAACGCUCCAAAGGACUUUAUUGUGAUGUAACUUUGAUUGUGGAGAAAACCUCCUAUCCAGCUCACCGUGCUGUGUUGGCAGGUGUCAGCGAAUAUUUCCAGGAACUGUUCUCAGAGAAGGGAUUUACUGCUAAUAAGGAGAUUGUUGUGGAUCUGAAAGGUUUCAGCAGUAAAAGUUUUCUUCCUUUGCUGGAGUUUUCCUACACGUCUUCGUUAUCUGUGAAACCUGAUUAUUUUGCGGAGACAUCUGCUCUCGCUAGGCACCUGCGGAUUUGGGAGGUGGUUGAGAUGUGUGCAGCGUUGUAUUCACUGCAUGGAUCCGGGGAUCAUAAAAUGCAAAAAGAGGAAGCCAGCAAAGAAGAAAAAAAAGAAUUUCCUUCAUUUGUAGGCUUUGUUGACCAAUCUAUAACUGGACCCAGUCAUCAUGUCCCUGACAUGUUCUAUAAGUUUGAUGAACUAGAAGAUCAGUCAUACUGCACAGCUCAACACAAACUGCUGGAUAACGUUGGGAAACAAACAUUUUGUUCAAAUCAACACGAAUCAGUUACUCAAGAUGAGACAAAAGUCUCAGAUUUCACUGUGAAGCUUAGAGAAAUGAAGUCAGGACCAGCACACUCUGAAAAUUCCGUUGAUGGUUUGAGAAUGGGAAUGUUGGACGGUCUUGGUGAUGGUAAUUUGAAGAGUCCCAAUAGACGAUAUAAGUUAUUAAACUUUUGCGAUAGGACCCCUUCAGCACCCUAUUCUGGAAACUUCUCCCAGGUUAAACCUCUUUCUCCACAAAGAUGUCCAUCUAUGAAUAAAACACUAGGUAACAUUCCUGAUACUUUAGACUUGAAAGUUGCUGACAAUAUGUCAAGAAAUGUUGGCCUUCCAAGAAAGUGCAGCUUUGAGAAAACCCCCUUGAAGUCCAAACCACAUGCAAAAGUUUCGAAUCAUUUAGACCAUAAUGUUGUAGUCACUCCAGGUAUCUCUGUUGGUGGCAAAGGAGUGAGCACGCUUGCUAGGUCACCUGUCAAACAGGUGGCAUCUGAAGAAGAACUUUAUUCUCCAAAUACGACGGAGAAGUACAAACUACUUAGUGUUCUGGGGUUGCGGAGAAAAACCUCUGUUAUCGAUGAUGAGGAACUGACUGGUUGGAAACAAAAACGAAGACUUCGUCAACCCAAAGUAAAGAAUUAUUCCUUACUUGGCGGAACACGGAGAAGAAAAGCAGCUGAUGCAAACACUGAAUUACAAGGAGACAAAGUUCAAAGAAAAACACUUGCUGAUUGCUUUGUUGUCAUUGAAAAGAUUAUUCCACCAAUACAGAAACCGAAAAGAGAUGCAAUAAACCAAGCUUCAUUUGCACUAAAGAAACGUGAAACUUUAAGUCACAAAAACAUGUCUCAGGGUCACACUGGAAAGAAUGUAGCUUGCAUUCCAUCUACAACACAAAUAAAUAACCCAAAAGUUAAAGCAACAUGUCGCCUCAGUUGUUCUGGUAGAAGCACCAAACAAGGAUUGAGUAAAAGUGGCAACAGAGGAGGUAAUGCUUUAAAGAAAACUGAAAGAUCACAAAAAUCCAUAAUAAAUCUUAGCAUUGCUACAAAAAGAGUGAAAAAAGGUGGAAAACCGUUGCCUUUGUGUUCCUUAAAACAAAAUUCAGUGUUAUCAAAACCCCAAAAAGGAAGUCCACUGACGAAGAAAAUCACCAGAUUUUCUAAACAGGAUAUCAAUGUAAAAAGUUCUUCCUUGAGAGAUAGUACUGCAUCUCGUCUGCCAUGUAAUGAGCACAAUGCUAGAGGAAAGACGAGAACGUCUUUUAAUUCUACUUCAGAUUGUAGGAAAUAUAAGGCAGUAAAGGUGGACCACAAAAUGGCAAGUUGUCCUGGUCCUGUUCAGGGUAGAGGCCGUCUAUCCAGAACUAGGUCCAAGCCAUCGUUGAACAGCCAUACCACUCGUCAAACUCGCAAGUCAUUUUCCAUUGGGACUUGUGCGUCAGUGUUAUCUGAGAACAGUGUGAAACAAGCUCUGGAAGAGAAAAAAUCUAAACGGUUGCCUGCACGGACAGAAGAAAGUGUAAAAAUUUGUGGGAAAAGACGUGAAAAUAAAAGACUAAUCCCAAAUGUUUGUAAAAACUCUUUGGGCGUAGAAAAAAGGCUGACGACAGCGAGUGCACUUAAAGGGAAGUUGACGAGAAAUGACAAGCUGAAUCCAUUACAUUUACGGUCCAAACAGGAUAUUAAGAAGCAAGAACAGUUACAAACUGCUUACAAGAGCCAAGAAAGGCAAACAAGAGCCUCUUCGUGUGUAACACAAGAGUGCAGAAGGAAAGCUCAGAAAACUAGGUAUCGUUCUUUAGAUGCUGAGAACCAAAAUGUGAAUACCAUAAAAACUAAUGCAACUAUUCUCAGGGUGGGUAAAAGGACACGAAUACCGACGCAGAAAUUGAUUGAAGCUGGUUUUUCCUUUGGUUUAUUUACACCUUCUCAACAUCAGCUGCCCAGUUCGAAGGGAAAGUUUAACAGGAUGUCUGCCAGAGCUAAAAAUAAACAAUUUGCUUUGCGUUCCAGUCAAACAAUGAAAAUUAACAAUGCAGCUCGAAGAAAGAUGGUUCUGAAAAGAAAUUCAAGGAAAACCACUUCUAAAUUACGAGGGAAUGUUGCUUCUAAAACCAGCGAGGACUCUAUUGUAGGACAGAAGUCUUCUGCAGCUAAGCCUAGAUGUAGAGGUAGAAAGUCGUCACGUUCUGAAACCUCAGAAAAGAUGACUGAAAGUUCAGCAGCAAAAAUGAAGAAAACCAAGCCGAUUGUUUUGUAUGGGAAGAAGCUGGUAAACUUAAACAUUAAGAGUUUACUGGUGAAGAAAAGAUGUCCCAAUAGUCGUAACAACACUAUAAAGAAAGAUGCACAACUGUCUACCUCCCAGAAGGCAAAAAUAUUACACAAAGUUGCCAGUGCUGGUUCCAAACCUAUUGGCUCCAAGGACGUACCAAAGAAUUUGCGGGGGGCUGCGGAAAUGCUGAGGAAAAUUCAGCCAGAAGUUCGUGAAAUGUUGAAGAGGGCCGCGAGGAGAAAGACUGCAGAGCAAGUGAAAAAGACCAAAGCUCCAGCACGCCACACCUGCCGGGAAUGUAGCACAACUUUCACAAACUGCGAUUCCCUGUUCAUGCAUCGAAUUAGACACACUAAGGGAAAGCUGUGGCCAUGUCUGCUGUGUGAGAAAUCCUUCUUUCGUCGGACAAAUGUUCAGAUUCAUCUCCGCUGCCAUAGAGAAGAGCUGUACAGAUGCAAACGCUGUGUGAAGGAAUCCAAGAAAACAAAGUUGUCUGUUCAGUCCAAGAGGUAAGAAUCCGUCAGAGUGGAGUUAUUAACAAAGACUUCAAGUGACUCGUUGUGAGAUGGAUGUAAUUUAAUCUGGCACAGUGUGUGUUUAAACACAUGCUUUCCUUAAACGGUGGGUGUUAGGAGGGAACAAGAAGAAUUUCACCUGCUCACUGGUGCUGUGUUCAGAGGAGCAAAAUAUCUGCAUAUCCUCUUUUGACUUAAUUACCCAACGGACAACAGUUUGCGACCAACAAUAUCUUUUCAUAUUCAGCCAUCAUAAAAAGCUUGAAUCUGACUGAUAUUUGACGAUGUCUUGCUCAAAAUGGAGGUAGUCUAGCUGAUUAUUAUAACUACUGAGCACAGUAGGACUGCAGCAUUGUUCUUCCUGUGUCUAUUCAUUAAUUUGGAACGAAAAGAAAAAUUGUGCCUUUAGAGAUGAUUAUUUAAAAUAAAUACAAUUUUAAAAAAAGCGCAUGAGCCUCUGAGCAAUCAAAACGAUUGAUGACUUCUAUGCACUGGAGCUUGGAGACUUGAUGGAUAACAAAUCUUAUUUGGUAUUUAUCGAUCUGUGGUUACAGACUCUACAUAGUACUUGUCGAUUUUAACAGUUACAAUAGAGCAGUUAAAACAUAGUGCAAAACACUGUAAUGUUUUAUAUAUAACUGGAUAUGAUUACUGUUGUAAAUAUUACAAAAGUUUAUGUUCUCUAUUUAAAAAAAGUUUGCUUACCUGAUUAGCUGUCAAAACAUAACUGUUUAAUAAUUGAAUCAUAUUUACUCUUAAAUUCUUAACGUGUUUCAGUGAAGCUGUAAAUGUACAGAAUCAGCUUCACUACUUGAAUAUUUUUAUUGUACCCGCAGAAUCCUUGCGCGUUGAUCUGAGAAAUAUCAAGCAUACUGACUAUUUUUUAUUAAAAAGGGAACUUUAAAAAAAAACAUGCAGAAUAGGUGCUUGCCAUUUUGUUUUGCUAUAGAAAGGCACUGUAUGUAUGUACAGCGAAUACACCAAUUGACUUUUCGGGAAGCUUUUAGAUUUAUCUAACCAAUUCAGUGGUUAGUUUCAUCUAACCAGUAAAACCAUUACAUUUUAAAACGCCUGCCUUCUUUCCUUUUCUGAUGUUUUACUCAGGACUUGUUUAGUGGGAUCUACCUUGGAAGACUUAUCUCAGUAAGAUGAAGUAGAAUGUUCAUAUUUCAAUGUCUUUCCUUUUCUUACAUUUGUUGUAUAUGCCCAAAUGAACGCAUUUUUACUGUACUUAGGAAUCGUAUCCCUUAUUAGGAAGAAAAGGCUACUUUUAUUAAAAAAAAAUCAAUAACUUUAUAUCUUUGUAAAACUCGAUGCUAUUUUGAGUUACCCAGGAUUCUUAUCAAAGAAUAUGCAACUGCAAAUUUGUUCAGUCUAACCAGGGCUUUUUGUACCAUUGUUCAUCUCUCACACGCCAAUUAAUCUGUUCUGUUGAGUUCCAUGCACAACUCUCUUCUAAAUCUUAAUUUUCCGACUGUUUCUCCUCUGAAUAGUCACUUUUUUUUUCGCAGUUAUGAAACUAGUGGCCUCGGUUGAGGGAUGGGGGAGAGUACGGGGCAAACAUGAACCCGGUAGAAAUUAAAACUAUAUUUAUGGUUUUUCUUACAAAACAAUAACAGCGGAAAUUAUAUUUUUAUCGAAUUUGUAUAAAAUCUCCAAAUCUUUGCUUCUAAAGGAAUACUUGUGUAGCCUUAGUUUUACUGGUUCAAACUACGGGUAAUAGCCUUAGAUAGCCCAUCAUAAAGUUGCAUGCUGCCUUAGAUGCCAAGGCAAAGCUACUUUUAUUAUCUUACCAAUAGCUGUCACUGAAGCACGUUCGUUUUCAGUACGAAAGCCGACUUCACAAUCCACACACGUCAAACUUAAAUGAGUUUAAUUGAACAAAGGCAAACUUUGGUGCACAACGUCACACUUUUUGCAUAGAGGGCAGUGCUGCAGAAACUCCUUGGGAUCUUCUGAUGUGUAUCAUGCUUGUCUUUUAGUUGCAUUUGUUGAUUUUUGAAAAAACAGUGAGCAAAUGCGGGCUUCAAAAUGUCUUUUUAACCCAAGCAUCACCUGAAUACUAAAAGCACGAACACAGACGUGUGCUUUUUGGCAUGCUAAAUAUGCCAGAGAUUUAAAAUAUUUCAUUUUUUCCUCCUUUCAGUCUUGGGUUCAAUGUCUUGCCUGACAAUGAUUUUAAUAAAAUAGAACUGCUAAAUUCAUUUGACAUUGGAGCCACAAUUUUGAAAAAUAUUUUGAAGAAUAUGUUACUCUUCAUGCAUUCUUCUUUGUUCUCGCUCACACACACCACACACUGUAAUGGGUCGAAUAUUACUGUUGGCAUUGACGCCAAUCUACUGUUUGUCUUCAUUCUUCACAACAAUAAAUUUUCCUUCAACCAUUUAGUAUUUCUUGUUGAGAUUGAAUUUGGUUUCCAUUCCAGCCUGUUGAACUGUUUAGAAUUUUUUGUGUAAAUACAUUUUAAAAAAAUCUGAAGUUUUGUAUAUAACAUUUUAAGCAAUUUUACAGUGUUGAGGUUCCAACGUUUGAAUAACCCUAUGGAAAAUGAAUGUUUUUUUAAAAAAUACUAUCUUGUAGUUUAACUUUUCCUGGUAGUUGCAGGGUAGUUUUUUUAAGUAAUGACAAAAGUUUGAUCUAAUAAGAUACUCGUUGCAGUGUCUGUUUCACAGAUGUAUGUGAUUUGUCACCCUGUUUUAAUAAUACUAUAUGUACCUGUUGCACACACUGUUCAAAUGCUGUAAGCUGCUUCUCACACAUGUGUAUGUAUAGUCCUUCACUUUUUACCUCUCUUACAUCUUUGAUCAUACUUAUGCAAUUAUAUGAAUGUUGUGAAUUAUUUAAAAUGGGAUGUUAAUUUCAUGAACUUGCUUUUACAUUUCCUAAGUUAGAGUUCUUAAAAAUAAAAGUGUAAAUAAAAACACAAUGUGAAGGCAUCUGGUUGAGUUAAAACGAUUCCAAAUCAAUAUUUACCUGCAUAGUUUUCUGUGGCGAGUUUUUAGUGAAGUUGAUUUGACAAUACCCUUUAAUAACGAUUAUAGAAAAGAUUUCAACUUAUUUGUAAACUUUGACCUGUAUGGAAAAUGAUCACAUUGUUUAAUUUUGUUCCCCUUUAUGUUGAGUAUACAGAAACAAUAAAAAAAAUCUUGAAAGCCU